UGAAAACAAAACCAAAGAACUGCAACUUCAUAAGUGAGACCUACGCAUAGUACUUUUCUCGGUCACGUUGGGACAUAUUAAUCGGUAUAAAAAAACAUAUAAAAUGGAAUCUGGUGCUUAUGGUGCCUCGCUGUCUGGAGGUGCCUUCGAUUUUAUGAGCUUUAUUAAACAACCUCAAACCAUAGUCCGCAUCUUGAGCUGGCUCUUUUCCAUAGUGGUGUUUGCGACGAUCACUGGAGAAGGCUAUGUCAACCCUCCGAACAAACCUGACGCCGAAUGCAUGUUCAACGGGAAUGAUAGCGCCUGCGGCUUCGGAGUGGGUAUCGGAAUUUUGGCCUUUCUCGGCUGCGUCAUCUUCAUCGUACUGGACGCCUACUUCCCUCAGAUCAGCAACGCCAAAGAGAGGAAGAACAUUGUCACUGGCGAUUUGAUCUUCUCUGGAGUGUGGACGUUGUUCUGGUUCAUCUGCUUCUGUGUCCUGGCCAAUCAGUGGUCUCACACCACCAAAGCAGUAGAGAUCUCUGCCGACGCCGCCCGAGCUGUAGUGGCCUUCUCCUUCUUCUCCAUUGUCACUUGGGCUCUAUUGACUACAUUUGCUUUUACAAGAUACCGUCAAGGAGUGAGUGACAUUGACCUGGGCUACACAGACCCAGCCAAUGACUACAGUACCCCUUACCCAGCCACCUCCGCCUAUCCCGCAUACCCCACCAGUGGGCCAGAGGGCUACCAGCAGUCCCCUUUCACCCCCCAAAACCAAGAGCAUCCAGCACCAUACCAGCCCCCGUCUUACUGAGGGACUGAGCCAUUGACCAGAUUUGGGGGGAGGAUGUUUUUAAGUUGCCAUUGGUGCCUGUAGCCUGGUUCCAGAUCUGUUUAUGCUGUCUUGCCAACUCCUAUAGUCAUUGUCGUGCCAAACACAAAAACAUCUGGGACUAGGCUAUGGUGCCUCAGCUAUGUGGACUGAUCUCUGCACUCCACUGGUCCCCUCCUUUACCUAACUGUUUAAGUCAUAGCUGGUGUUGCGCUUGCAUAAUGAAGGGUGUGUUGACAUGAUUUAAGUUGGUAUUCAUAUUGUAGUUUAGUUUGUGAAUGGAUAUUUUGCUGCAUUUUUAUACAUACAACUAGAGUGCCUGAGCUGAGCUUCAGGUAGAAUCUAAGGAAAACUGUUACUAGGGUAAAACCUAGAAUGCCAUGGAAAAAUAUGAGAUUCACUUGAGGUAACUGUCAUAUGUUAUGUUUCUGUUCUUCUCUGUACUGUUUGUCUUGAAACAUGUAAUGCAGUCAUGUGGACACUGAAGUUCAGAUCAAAACACUAAAACAUAUGUCGCUGGGGCUGGGAACGUUGCUUUGUAUUGCAAAUAAUGAGGCUAUGCUAUGCUAUGGACACAAACGUUAUUUUUCUAUGCUGCCUAAUCCAGUUAUAUGGUAUAGUGCAUAUACAAAUACCUUUUGAGAAUUUCAAUGUAUUUCAAAGUUAUAGCCAGCCCAGGAUAUCAGAACUAAUUGCCAUAAAUCUAGAACUCAAGUGUAUUGCUAAAUUAUUGACAAAUGAGGACUGUUUUUGUUUAUUUUCUCUGCAAACCCAUACUUUGUUUAUCCCAAUAAUGGGUGCAUUGUCUGAAAAAUGCUACCCUUAACAACUACUGUAUAUCAGUGCUUUAAAAACAACCACUAAACUUACUAGGGCCAAUUUUCUGCACCCAGUUUAAGUCUACUCCUGGACUCACGCUUAAUGGAAAAUCUCCAUUAAAAGUAGAUUUUCGUCCAGGAAUAGGUUUAUUAAUCUUGGUCCGGGAAACCAGACGUAAAGUUUUUUUUUGUUUGCAUUGGAUAGCAAAUGUGUUAUGUAUUUUUGUCGUUUUAAUGUAAUUUCCCUGCUCCAUGACCAUGUUAACCCUUUUUCUAAUUAUUUGUUUUAUUGUAGUUUCAAACAAGUGUGUAAUAUAUUUGGUAAAUGAGGGUGUGUGUUGUUUAGUAUCAGGAAGGCCCUCUCCUCAACUUGUUUGCCUCCAAACUUCAUCUAUUCCGAACGUGCCUUGGAAAGGUUUUAUUCAGUUCUGGCGUGUUCAUUUCCCCGCCACACACCUUUUCAGACAAACUCAUAUCAGAAUUCUCAUAGAUGACUUUAACAAAAUACCAUCUAAUAGGUAAUAUAUACAGUAUAUUGAAUUGUAAUGGUAUUCCAUUAAAAGAAGACGAGUAAGCGGCCAGUACGUUGCAAUAAACUAUUAACAGAAUAUAUUUACAAAAUAAUACAUAUGGGAGCAGUCAGCAUACUACAUUAGGACGCACAACUGCAACGUGUUUCGACUACUAGUCUUCCUCAGGCAGAAUUGUGAUGGUAUUCGAUUGAAAAUUGUUUUGUAAAUUACCUAUGCCUUUUAAUCCUCCUGGACAUGACAAUCACUUCCAUACCAGACUAAGAACCUUCAUCAAAAACGACAUAUAUGUUGCAGCCAUAACCUGCCUUUGUUCUUGGUAUAUCUUUGGUACAAGCUUAUUUGUUCACGCCCUCUCUGAUGAAGUGAUCUCACCACUUAUUAUGCUCUCUGUCUUGGGUUUCAAGAUUGUACUGAGAGGCUUUGCAGUCUGUUGCACAAAGUGCCUUAUAUAAAAGCCUACCACACCACUGACCGAACCUUUGCCAAAUAAAGACUUUUCCCGUUUA